AUGUUGCUGAGCAUCUUCAGGACUUCUCUGGCCCAUAUUUUGGGAGGCUUCACCCUUUUGUCAACAUUCAUCACCACUGUCUUGGAUGGUAUCUGUUACAGUGUCUCCAAAUCUCUAUCAUCGCACAUUGCCUCGGUCGAAUCGGCUAUUGUGAGCUUGAGUGCAAUCGACUGUGCAGUGAUCAUCGUAUUGUUAUUUCUUUGGGUCAAAGAUGUCAGAGCAGAGGUGAGGGCGCAGUGGAGGGGUCACCGGGCUAUUCUCUACGUUCUGAUUGCCGUCUACCUCUCCAUUGCCACCGGUAUCACGGCAGGAGGAAUCGCCUGGAGUGCAGUUCAGUCCAUGACAGGGAAGACGACUCUGACCCACAAGCACCAGACCCUCAUGCUAGCCCGCUGUAUCAUCUGGGCCAUCUCCAUUUUGAGCCAAGGAAUCCUGGGUGGCUAUCUCCUAACCUCACUGACAAAACGUGAUGGUGGUGGUCGAUGGUCAAGUUCUCUUUCUCAGGAGCUUGAGAUUCUUCCUGACCAAGCCAGUGUUGGUGACAAGGACGACGUGGUGAAAUCUCCGUCCAUCAUCCCUGAGUCUCCACGGCCUUCCACUGAUGUGAAAAGAAGCUGCGACAUUGUGCCGGAGCUUCAGCCUUCUGCUUCCCGUACAGAGUCUCAGAAUUCUAAUCGUUAUUCCGGUCGGACGCUGUACCAACAGGACUCCAAGCAGAGCUCUUUCGACUUGCCGCGAACUCAUAUGGCGGGUACUGAAACUACAGUGACUCGUUCCCAAACAGACGACCCGGCUGAUAACCCGACUGAUAACCCGACUGUCAACCAUUCUAGCAUGGAAGAACGGAGCGAGCCCCUUAAGAUUCGACGAAGCUACUCCGGGGCCAAACGAUCUUUCGAAGGGUUGAUCCGUCAGUCUUCGUCAACUCGAUCGUCUCCUGCCACAUCUUCCACGCAUCUAGCGGCUCCUGGUCGACCUAUUCCUCCGAAGCUGAAGCUCGCCGACGAAAGCUUUAUCCAUCCAUUGUUCCGGUCGGAUAGUGCAUCGCCUCCCCCAACUCCGAUGCCAGGUACCACUGUAAUCGCCUCACCGGCCGCUGGGCAGACCAUCUCCGUGCAGACCCUGAAUCGAGUGAGAUCGACCCGGUCUCUCCGGUCCCACGUACCCCGAAGCCGAUCACCCUUAUUUGAGCAAGUGGAGCAGCCGCUUGCCGGGCUGGAGCGGAAGUCUGAGUCUUUGGAACGCAGUGGUCGGGAUUCUCCCAUGCCCAGCUUCAUCAUGGCAGCGGAUGUGCGAAGCAGCAUCACCCGGUACGAGAAGAAAUAUGACUUGAAUGAAUCCCCUGACGAGAGCUAG